CAAAUGUCAGGUACUUGGGUAUCCAUAGUUCAAUAGAAGCCACAGUAGCCAUUUUAUCUUUACCUGCGUACUCACACGCAUCGCACCUAACCUCUACUGUUCAGUUAAUUUUUGUACAGCAUCGUGUUAGGAAGAAAUUGCAUAUUACAUUUUAUUAUACUAGAUAGAUAUUGACUACGCCGUGUAGAUUUAAAAUUAAUUGAACAUGGAUCAAAAGUUAUGGCUUCUUGUCGAAUGGAUAGACAAACCAAACAUAUUUUCUAAUUACGUCGUCGUUAGCAAUCACUGUUUAAUGAAACACGAGAAAGAUCUUCAUACUGGGAAAGUGGUUUUACUUCGUGACAAGCGUAACAAUAGUGCACGCAAGGCGCGAAUUCUUCGGUUUUCUGAUAACAAACAUUAUCUCAAAAGUUUGAAAGGGAUGUUGGAAAGACAAGACCAUAAGGUGAAAACUGUUCUUUCAAACUGUGUGAAUACUAUAAAAGAGAAAGCGGGUCCAAUGUUUUCAGCUGCAAAUCAAUCAUUACCCAUGCCAAGUCAGAGCGCAUCAAGUAUGAUAAGUCAUAUUGACGAUGAAAUUAAUUCCACUGACAGCGAUAUCGACCAAGAGAUGAAUCUCGAUUUUACUACAGCCACGAUGAAUUAUAACCAAAACAAUCGCGCGGAGGCGAUAAUUAAUGGCCAAAUAAGACGAUUAUUGAACGACAAAUCUAUAAUACGUAACCGUAGAUUAGUUGUCAGCUAUCCUCCUAUACCCGAUAGGAACGUUCAGAAUCUUAAACUGACAUUCGAUCAAGGAACGCAGACCGAUCCUGUUCUCGAUUAUCCUUCAAGUGUCAAUUUAGAAGAACUGGAAACGGCAUUAAAACGCUUGUACCAGCAGGUCCUAGCCGUAUUAUCUAAUUUUGAAAAAAAUGAAAGACGAUCAAUAAUGGAUAGGACAUCUGAAGAUCGAGGACUAGAUGAGAAUGAAGAGAUUUUAGCAGUAGAAGAACCGACCGUUGUUCUUCAAAAUACGUCAAGUGUUGAGCUCGAAAUGGAUGAGAUGGCUGGUGGCUUAAAAAUACGUAGAGUAUCAGCGCAGACUACUAACGCAUGUUUGCCAUUGUCUGUUAACAAUGUUGAUAUGGUUUCAAUUGGAAACGGCAAUGUCACCGUGCCUGCCAGACUAAUGACAGAAAUCGAUUGGACUUCCCACACCUCAGCGACGAGACGAUUGUUGCAAGCCGUCUUUCCUAGAAGAAUUCUAGCUACUCAUUCCUUAACUGGAAAGCAGUCACCAGCGUUUGCGAAUAAACCACCGAAAAAGCAAUUGGACCCCAAAUUAGUAGACGAUAUUGUCAACACCGUCGCUGAAAGGUGCAAUGUUUCUAAAAGGAUUGUUAGGAGCUCCAUUACGACGAAAUGUUCGGACGAAGCAAAGUUAUAUAGAAAUCGUCAACGGUUUAGAAAAAAGCGCGAACAACAAAACCGAGAGAACGUCCCGCCAUCUUCUGCGACAUCGGGCGAAUCCACCACUGUUUGAGAUUAAGGAGACAAAGAUCUAAAAUCAAUUUUUACCAUUUAUUCAAUUAUAUAUUAUUCAAUUGAAAAUAUGUAAAUACUAUUAAAUAAAAUAUAUUUUAUA